AUGUCUGACAACACUGGAAACGCCUCAACUGGUCAGUCGUACAUUGACCAAGCCACUGGUCUUGCUCAGCGCGCCAUGGGAACCGUGACUGGCGAUUCUUCCACUCAGACCAAGGGCGAACUCAAGCACGAGGAAGGCCAAGCCAAAAAGGAAGCCUCCCACACAACUGCCAAGUUGGGCUCCUUUACCGCCGACCCGAACACCGGAGCCGUUGCCAAAGACGACCCCAAGCGCGACACAGGCUCCUGGGACCAGACCGUUGGCUCUGCCAAGGAGUCCAUCGGAAACCUGAUCGGAAACGAGAACCUGCGCCGCACCGGAGCUGAGCAGAACGCCGCUGGCAAGGAACAAGAGGCCAAGGGUCAGCUCAAGGACUGGGGUGAGGGCAUUCAGAACCGCGCCCAGGGUACUCUUGGGUCUAUUGGUGCCGCUGUUACUGGUAACCGGACCGAGGAGGAGAAGUACCGUGAUAUGCAUGAUGAGGGCAAGGUCCGCCAGCGCGGUGCUGAGGCUGACAUGGCUAAGAAGGGUGGUGCUUAA